AAUGACGCAUGCAGUGUCAGGUGCAGGAGGCGGGGGCUCUCCGGUUUGAUACACAGACGGACUGAGACUCGCCACUGCUGUGCUGAAAGUACUGUGAAAUAAGAGACGGAGAGAGACCGGAUUUAAUCCACUUGAGACCGAUAUACGAGCCCCGUCUGCCCGGAGACGUGAACAACAACAGCCAGCCAUGUCAGGCAGCGAGGUCCGACUGCUCCGCCGGGAUCAUGCCCAGGGCAGCAGCAGCAGCGCAAGCCCGGGCCCGGGGGCUCGGAUGCCGGUCUGGAAGCGAGAGAUCCUGGAGCGGAGGAAAGCGAAGAGCGGCGGAGCAGCAGCAGCUACCGAGCCCGGCUCUGUUACCGCAGCGACAUCAAGCGCAGCAUCCGCCGGCUCCGGCCCCUUCACCGUCAACGGGGAAAUAUCUUCCGCUCACGGCGUUUAUUUUAUUAAUCAGCAGCAGCAGCAGCAGCACAGUGCCACGCGUAUCGGUAGCGGCGGAGGAGACAGCAACGUGCCCACGGCGGCGGAGCUGACAGCCGCGACACACAAAGACCCUGCACAGCUCCCGCACUCGGAGAGGGGCAGCGAUGCGUUAUUAUUAUCAUCCUCGCUUCCCGACGGCGAGGAUGCAGGCCCCGCCCUGCAGCAGCACGGAGACGGGGGUGAGAGGCUGAUCCUGCAGGAGAGCCUGGGGUCCCUUCAGGAAAACCCCUUCAUCAUACUGGAGAAGGAGAGGAGGAGGAGGAGACACCAGGACAGGGGAGCGGGCUCCUGGCCCAUGCAGCACGUCCUGGAGAUGUACGCCGGCGUGCCCGGGAUCAAAACCAUCCGGGCGGAAAACAUCAUCAUCAUCGAGUCGGACCCGGACUACUUCCACGAGGGGGGGGGCUUCGGCAGCACCUCGGGCUCCAUGAGCGAGCUGCUGGACAGGAGAGGCAGCGCGGUGACGGAGAUCCGCGCGCGGGAGGUGCUGCUCUACGACUCGGCGCUCAGCCGGAGCGAGGAGAACCUGAGCACCCUGGAACCCGGGCUCGGCCCCAGCCAGGGCAGGGUGAGCCGCAUGCUGCAGAAGUUCGAUCGCAACUACUGCGGGAGGCUGCAGUCGAAGUCUCGCAGCACUGAAGACCUGCUCCUGGAAUCGGAGCCACGCCCCCCUCCCAGACCCAAGCCAGCCCCCCUGCCAAAGAUGCCGAGCCAAGCCUCUUCCUCCCCCAGGGAAGAGAGACCCCAGACUGUCUUCCAGCGCCCCCCUGAAAGUGAACACUCCAGACCCCCUCAGAGUCUGGGGGUGGCGUCUCACCUCAGUAAAGCCACGCCCCCCAGCAGUGACUCCCCAGUGUCCCCCCUCACCCCUACCUCUCCCCCUGGAGUGGGGGGCAGCCAGCUGUCUGUGUCUUCCUACAGAAAACACUUUGAAACUGGGGGAGCGUCCCGGACUAUAGUGGUGAACCCCAGAGAGAGGGGGGACAGGAGGCAGCCCCUGACCAAUGGGCUGCACUCACCCCAACACGGGCUGGGUGCCCCGAAAGAGGCCCCAGCUAAUUCAUGCCACGGCCAUGCCACGGUGCCAUCAGCCAGCGCUUCUAGCAGCAGAGAGUCUGGGAAUGUGGGCUCAGCCAGGGAGGAGGAGGAGCCCCGUGCCACGCCCCCGCUCUCCCCUCAGCACAAACUCCAGCCCCCCUUCUCCAGCUCCAGUGCCAGCACCACCCCCAACCAACGGAGGGCGGUGUCCCAUUCCACCAGCAGCAACGACUCCUUCGAGAUCCGCCAGGCGCCCAAGCCGGACAUGUCCUGCAUCCCGGAGGGGGACAUCCAGGCCAGAGCCCUGGCCAACAUCCGGCUGCAGUCCAAGAACUCGUUCACCAUCAUUCCCAAACGCCACGGCCUCGCUGCGGCCGCUGCCGGGGCUGACAGCCGGGCCAGGGCGACGGCUGGAGCAGCAGCCAAAACCAGCACUGUGCCAGCCAGCAGCCCGGCCCAGGAGAGGAAAACCAGCACUGUGCCAGCCAGCAGCCCGGCCCAGGAGAGGAAAACCAGCACUGUGCCAGCCAGCAGCCCAGCCCAGGAGAGGAAAACCAGCACUGUGCCAGCCAGCAGCCUGGCCCAGGAGAGGAAAACCAGCACUGUGCCAGCCAGCAGCCUGGCCCAGGAGAGGAAAACCAGCACUGUGCCAGCCAGCAGCCCGGCCCAGGAGAGGAAAACCAGCACUGUGCCAGCCAGCAGCCCAGCCCAGGAGAGGAAAACCAGCACUGUGCCAGCCAGUAGCCCGACCUGGGAGAGGAAAACCAGCACUGUGCCAGCCAGCAGCCCGGCCUGGGAGAGGUCUUCAGAAGCUGGAAGCCGUUUUCUUCCAGAGGGGGGCGAGGUGGAGCAGCCUCAGCCGGCAACGCCCUCCAAACAUGAGCGCGGUCCGUCUGUGGAGUCUCUACUCUUGGAGGCGCGAGAGAGGGGGAGGCCCCAGGAGAUACCCGCCUGGCCAGCUGAGCCCCCUCCGGUGAGCCCCCCUCCCAGUGCUUCCUCCCAGCCGGCUCCCACAGAGGAACGAACAGCAGAACCAGCUCCCCCCUUCCAGAGAGUAGCAGUGGUAGCUCCCAUCGCCGUCCCCACGGCAACGAGCCCCAAAGCUGAGGAAGAUGAGGAGAGAGGGAGAGCCUCAGAGGAGCUGCUGCCGGUCACCAACAUCGACGACAUAGUGGAGGGUCCGGAGGAGCCCGUGCCUGUCACUGAGAUCCGCAGUCCAGCUCCCAGCAACGGAUACCUGCAGCGCAGGACCGGCAACACCUUCACUGUGGUGCCCAAGCGCAAGCCGGCCGCCCAGGAGCAGAGCAGCACCAGCACUGCCCCCGACCCCCUGACCCCCCCAGGGCCACAGGGCUCCCAGGACGGGGCGCAGGGAGGGAAGGAGGCUCCCUUCGCCAGCCUGGGGGCCAUGCUGAAGAAGCGCUACCCAGCGGUGGAGGAGAUCCAGGUGAUCGGAGGGUACCAGGUGCUGGGCCGGUCCUGCCUCUCCAAGACUGGCUCCUCACGCAAGAAGAUGAAGAUCUCGUUCAGCGAGUCGAGUCUGCACACCACCUUCGAGUACCCCUCGGAGAGCUCCAUGAUGGAGGGGGACCCCGAGAGUGACGAGGAGGAGGAGGAGGAGGAGGAGGAGGAGGCGGCCCAGCUCUUCAUCCCCAGAGCCAGCUACCCCGUCUCGCCCGGCCCCCAGAGCGCCGGUAACGCCAGGAACUCGGCAGGCCUGUCCAGCUACACUCCCAAGCACUCUGUGGAUUUCAACCAGUGGCAGGACCACAAGCACGAGGACAACGUUUCCUCGGGGGACUCCUCACUGGGACACGCUGACCUCUCCAUGGAUGAAGUGAUGCUGACCCCAGCAGCAGACAGCAGCUCCCUGUCGGAUUUCAGCAGUGAACCCGCCCUCUAUUUCUAACCAGCGCAGUCUGAGAGAACCGCGCAGCCUCUCCUUCUGAACCAGCAGAGCCUUGCUGCCUCCCUCUCUCCUCCCCAGCCGGGCCGUUUGAGGGGAGAAGCUGCUUUCCAGAGGCAGCGCGGAGCUCCGUGGAGAGGGAGCUUCUGUUGGGCUGGUUCCUGUGGCUCAGAAAGUGCUGGAGCUGAGAUUUAUGAUCAGAGCCCAGAUCCAGGCAACGACAGUGUGCCGCUAUAAAACCCAACUGCCAGAUCAUCAGUAAUGUUAAUGAAAGAAAUCAAAGUGUGGACUCCUCUGACAGGCAGGCUGUCCGGAGAGCUCUGGGUGUGUUAACUGGGUCCACAGCAGCUCUUGUCGUUCUCCAAGCUGUUCUGUAGGGUGGCGUUGCUAUCCCAAGCCAGACAGGAUGGGAAUGGCUGUGUUCGCUCGCUCUGGGCUCGUUUCACUUCACCUGAAGCCUGCACCUUUUCAUUGUGUCAUCGAGUGUGAAGGAAGCUCCUCCUCGUUCGCUCCUCACCUGUCUGCUUCACCUCUCUGGGUUUUGUCCUGUGUAAUUGAUCAGUGAAGUGCCAGUCUGAAAACCCCAAAUUAUUCACGUCUCUGAAGAAUGUUCCAGUUGUAUGUCUUUGUCAGAUCUUUUGUGUUAGUUUUGUGUUGUUGCUGCUCCCUCCUCAUUCUUGACAUGCUCACUGUUAUUAGUUUGUUGUCUCGGUCCUUCCUGACGAGGGCUCUGUUCUCAGUGCUGCACUUUGUUCUCUCAUGUGGUUCAGAAGCCGUUCCCUUGUCUGUUGAAGCCACGGGAAUGAAGGAGACGAGAGGAGCUGGAAACGGAUCGAGACAGGGCGCACUCGCUCGCUCCUCGUUUGUUUGUUAUUUGCACUCUUCAUUUUGCACUUGAUGUGGGGAGACAGACGGCUGGGCAGUGCCUGCUCUUCAUUAAUAUAUAUAUAGAUAGAUAGAUCUAGAAUCUUAUCAGGAUGAAAUAAUACACAAGUCACAUUGGGCUUGUUCCGGUAACAUUGCUGCAUCCUGCCCUUCUGUCCCUCGUACGAGGAGACUCCUGCAGAUAAACGCGGCCCGUGUCAGGGCACCAGCACUCCCAUGACCCUGAGUGAGCCGCAGGGCUGCGAUUUGGUUCAUUUCAAUCCAGUAUUGAGGUCUUAAUCUGUACAGGUUGUGAUGCACUGAUACUAAUAAGACUACUGUAGACUUUCCAUAGCACUGAGCAGACACUGCAAUAUUCUCCACAGACUUUUUAUGCAUUAAUAGAUCUGUCUGGUACUUGAAUCUGCUGUAUUGAAGAAUUUAAUAAUCGUAUCAUUUGUAUCUUUAUAAGAUUUUUUUUCAUAAUAUUUGUUCAACUGGAAAUAAUAAAAGUACUUGAAGCAGCAGCUUGCGU